AUGACAGGAGAAGAAGUGAUGGAUCUGGAUAAAGUCACCGAGCUUUUUAAGGAGUUUGAUAACAAACUGCGUCCGAAGGGAGAGCAGCCAAAAGUGACAUUGGCACAGAUUUUAAAUGUUCCAGACUUUGUUGAGAAAUACUUGGAUAUUGAUUCGAGACUCCGCCUCCGAAAGACCUGCAAAACUAUCCGGAAAAUCCUCGAUGAAAAGCCGCUACACAUUGAUCGUCUCAAUUACAAAUGCAACGGAAAAUUUAUCGAGAUUUCCACCGAUGGAGGCUUUAGGGUAUUUUACGAAAUCAUUGAAAUAGGAGUGAAAGUGACUAAUGGGAAUAAGAAGAAAUUGAUCCGCAAGAGAUUCAAAAAAAAGCAGAUUAAGAUAAUUCAACGAGAUUUGUUGUCGAUUCUUGGAAAUGGGAAGCUGAGAAUUGACAGUUUUAGAAUUGAAAACUCUGAGAUCUCUGGUUUAUAUGAUGAGAAACCUCCGAUUGGAAUGAGAGUACUACAAAACACUGUCAAUCGACUGACCAGCAAGCUGAAUGUCAAGAAAAUGGUGUAUUUGGUUUACGUUGUUGACAAAGCUCUCGUAGAAAUGGUGAAGGUGAUGAACCCGGAGCAUUUCCAAUCCCUACAAUUCAGUUUCGAACGAUAUUUAUAUAAUUGUACCCUAGAUUGGAAAGACUUGUAUAAUUUGGAACAAUGGAAACAGUUGAAAUCGUUAAAUAUUUUUUAUCCGUUUCUGGCAGUAUCGGAUAUUGUCAACUCCUACACUCAUUUUGAGAAUGCUCAUUUGAAGAUUCGCAGUUUUUACGAUUUUUUCGAUGAAAAUUCUAUAUGGGAUAAAUUCAUGCAGAUAAAAAAGGUAAGCUAUUUUCCUCAGUUGUCACACACACACCUCGCUUCAACCAGAGUUUUAUGA